CUCAGGCUUGUACCAAAUAUUGAAUUUCAGGAAAAGGGUACACAUUUAGACAGUUGCGCUACUAUUGACAUAUCGAGUCUACAAACUAUGGCGGACCGUAAGGCUGAGCUGGAGCGUAAGAAAGCAAAACUCCUAGCAAUGCGAGAAGAAAAGAAGAAAAGAGAGGAAAUUAAGAAGCUUGGCGCACAGGAUGCUGACGGUUCAGACGUACGUCAGACUGCAGAAGAAUUGUUGAAGGACCUGGGUUUACCUGAAUCCACCACAUUGCAGACUGCAACUAUUCGUGAUCUAGAGUCACCAUCUCAUGAUGUAGUUGACAGCAUUCUCCAGCGUGGUGUGAAAAAGCGAAAGAAUCUGCAAAUUUCAGAAGUGUUUGAGACUAUAAUUCCACCGCCGGAAACGAUAAUAUAUAGUAAGGAAACACAAACUUUAGAUGAGCCACCUGAACGCAAAAAUCGCGCAACGGAUUAUUAUGUUUUAACAUAUGAUGAAAGUAAUCGAGAUGAGGUGGAUGCAAAUGCAGCAUUGGCUGAACUGGAGAAAAUGCCACAUAUUGGUGUUACUAAAACUGGACAAACUCGUGGAAUCAUCGAUAAAGCUGAUGGAAGCCGUGCAGUCAUGGAUAAUACCGACGAAAUUCAUUCGGAUGAAGUUCAGCUUACUGAUGUUAUUCCAAUGUCAGAGGAAGAGAAAGCUCAACUACUAUCAUCUGAUGCCUUUCUACGCUUCUUUGAGCGUUCUUCACGUAUCAUUGAACGAGCAAUAUCACGUUCAGAUGAAGGAAUCUUUUCAGAUUAUUCAGGUGAAGAUCAUGAAACUGAAGAAUCAGAUGAAUUACUCACUGUUUCAUUGGAGUUUUUCGAUGAACGAUGGUCUAAACACCGCACAAUAACUGGUUUAGAUUGGUCAACUAUAUUUCCAGAAUUGUUACUCACAGCUUAUCAUAUGAAUGAAGAAGCGGUUCAUGAACCUGAAGGUGUUUGUUUAAUGUGGAACAUGAAAUAUCCAAAGAAAUUAAGUCCAGAAUUUAUAUUUCACUGUCAGUCCCCAGUCACCUCAGCUAGUUUAUCACGAUUUCAUCCAAAUAUUGUUGUUGGCGGUACUUAUUCUGGGCAGAUUGUUAUUUGGGAUAGUCGAGUGAAUAAACGCACACCAGUUCAACGUAGUCCGUUAACAUCAUGGGCUCAUACACACCCAGUGUUUGCAAUCACUUUAAUUGGUACACAGAAUGCUCAUAAUAUAAUUAGCUUGGGAUCAGAUGGUUCCUUAUGUGCAUGGAGUUUGGAAAUGCUAGCACAACCAAGAGAGAAGAGUAAAGUUUGUGAAAUGUCUUCUGGUGGUUUAUUCGAUUUAUAUCCUACAUGUAUGUCUUUCUUUGCUAAUGAUGUCAAUAAUUAUGCUGUCGGUGCUGAAAUGGUAAUGCCUACUGUGGACAACGACACAGCAGUCGGACAGGAGUUGCUGAGGAAACUUCACGUCAUGUUCCAUACAAAGGUCAUGGUGCACCUUUAACAGCGAUCUCUACUCAUCCUAGUCCAGGUGCUUUUAGUUUCUCUUCACUUUUUCUCACCGCAUCACUGGAUUGGACUGUACGUUUGUGGUCUACUCGUGAACACAAACCUAUACAUACAUUUGAUGAUUAUUCAGAUUAUGUUUAUGAUGUUUGUUGGAGUCCUGUACAUCCAGCUGUAUUCGCUGCUGUAGAUGGGACUGGGCACUUGGAUGUAUGGAAUGUGAAUCAAGACCCUGAGAUUCCUGUGGCUCGUCGUACACUAGGAAUAUCAAGUAAUGUCGAUACAUCAUCAUCAUCAUCAUCUGGAGUAGUUGGAGUUGCUUUAAAUAAGUGCCGUUGGAAUACGUCAGGUACACAUUUGGCGGCUGGAGAUGAUACUGGUCGUGUAACUAUUUGUAGUGUGCAUGAAAGUCUUUCACAGCCAGGUACUGAAGAUUGGUCUGGUUUCGCACAUGUCUUGGCUGACCUUAAACACUAUGAAAUGGAACCAGAAAUAGAGUCAGAAUCAUAAUAUUUUUACUUUAUUUUCGCUACAUUAAAUCACCUAUAAGGUAAAAAAUUCUGUCUUUGUUAAUUGUAGUUUAUUUGCAAUAGUGUUAACAAAAAUCACUUUUCUCAUUUGGUUGAGGUGUUUUUGAAAGACACACCCAAAGGCUGUGGUUUCUCCCUCUUUUUUCUACUUUUCUAUUCAUAAUUACCUGCCUAUGUUGUCUUUAAAUUCAGUUCUGUACUUUGCUUUAAUUUCUGUGACUUGAUUACUUCCUUAUCAUACAUUUAUAUAUCAGCAAUAAGUAAACAGUUCUGGGGAUUAAUUGUGGUCUGACUUCUUACGCAAUACAGCUAUUGAAAUGUAAUGUGAGGAACAGAUUAAAGCCAUCUGUUAACCAACCCAAAGUUUCAUUUUACGAAC